UGCAUCCAGCAGCAGCUGCAGUCCUGAAGAGGAGGAGGAGGUGAAAGCCCUCACUGCUUUUUUUUAACUGUUUUGUUUUGUCCAACACAUGAGGAUGGGAGUUACAGGAGCUGUUUGUGUCAAGCCUGCGGGUGUGCUGUAAGCUGGUAGCUGUCUGCAGCUGCUGAGUGUGUUCCACAUCUGCCCGCUGAGAGAACCAGGAGGAGGAGCCAUGAUCGACCUGAGCCACCUGACGGAGGAGGAGCAGGAGGCGAUCAUGACGGUGCUGAGGAGGGACGCCGAGCUGAAGAAGGCCGAGGAGGAGAGGAUCAGAAAACUGGAGGAUAUACUGAACAGCGGCUCACAGCUGGACACCAAGCGCAAGUACCUGACGGGAGAGUGGUUUUACGAGGCCAAGUCUCGCAGACACAUGGACAAGAUCCACGGCUCUGAGAUCAUCCUGGCCUCCAUGAAGCAGAAGAAAGCUGCUUUAGACGGGUCUCUAAGAAUUGAGAGAUCGAAGACGCCCAGCAGUCGAGGUUCAGACGCCCCGCCACCAAAACCUGCCAGAUGUUUGGAAGCACUGCAGCCACAGGAGAUCAAUGAUGCAGAAAAAGAGAAUCUGAAUUCAGAGGCCCGCUCUCCAAGACCGCCGAGGCACAACCCUUUCAACCGAGCCUCCCUGAUUGUUGUCGAGCCACCUGAAAAUCAUGAUGUGUCAGCGAGUCGGGAGCAGGAGUCAUCUGAGACAGAGCCCAUAUCUCCACUGAAGAGCCACCCGGCAGGAGAGGCCAGUCAGACUUCAGGGGGCUCCAUCACAUCCGAGGGCUCCUCUGUUGGGUUCAGACCAGUGCCAAAAAAGAGGACAUUUCUCUCCAGACGAACCUCCGCUCAGUCACAAAACAAUGGCCCGGGGUCAGACGCUCAGGUGGGGUCAGCGGCGGUUGUUCCUGCCCCCAGACGGAGCCUCCAGCGAGGCUCAAGUGGGAGCUCUAACCAGUCCCACACGAAGGGACAGGAUGAAACGCCUCAGAUAUGUGUGGCUUCUGAUCAAGUGUCUCAGCCUGUUCAGCCGUCCAAGUCUCUACAUGAAAACUCCCAGCAGCCACUCUGUGAUGUAUCUCAGGUUUCCUCUAAUUCCAGUCUGGAGAGAGAAAGAAACCCACCUUCUCUAAUAAGAGACAGGUCGGUGGAUGAUUUAUCUCACUCAGAAAUCUUAAUUAAACCCGUUCAUCCACCUGCUGCAACUAACAACCUGCACAGUUUCAGACCAGCCUACACCAGGAAUGAGACGUCCACCGACAGAGAAAUCAAACAGAAGAGUGAUGAAUGGGAUGGCGAGACACAAAGAGAGCGAGCAGCGGUGAACGCUGUCGACCUGCACAGCGGCAGCAUUCAGGAUUCAGACAGAGAAAACAGCAGCAGUGUAGGAACAUCCAUGAGGCAGGAAGAGCCGAGUCUGCCUCAAAGCACUGUGGAUGCAGAUCCCCCAGUAUCUUACGAUCUGAUCUUCAUUGAUAAAUCUGAUAAGCAAAUGCAGAAGAAAUCCAAUCAGAACCAGGUGUUUAAAUUAUCCACCCAGACCACCAGUCCCACGAGUGAUGAGGACUCCAUCGCCAAGGUGCUGGACUGGUUCAGCCGCAGCACAGACAGCAGUGAAUGGCUCAAUACAGAGGACGGUCCAGAGGUCGCCACGGGUUCAAACAAACACGUCGAAAUCAGCAAAUUAAGAGGCGAAGAUUCAUUACGAAAAGAUGCUGGGGAUGCCAUGAGUGAUAGACAGAAGGAAUCUCUUGAAAUGAAGAGAAGUCACUCACAGAAACAGAGCAGUGACGCCAAAGAGUCAAGAGGAACAGAUAGAUCAGGCAACAAGGAGGCGAUCGAAACACAAGAGGAGGUGGCGAAGCGCAACAGAGAAAGAAUGCGGUCACAGGAAUUUGAGGAUAAUAACGAUGAAAGCCAACCACCCCAAAUCUCCCAUCUGAAGUCAUUCUGGGAGAAAAGCAACGUGGGCCCUAAAAUACUUAUCAGUAACUCAAUCACACCCAGCAACAAAGGACAAAAACCUGCCCAGCUCUCAGCGGAGAAAGAUGAGGAGAAAGUGAACAAGCCCCACGGAGUGUCUGAUAUGCCAUCUGUUCCUGGAUUAUACAAUGGGAAGGGGAGCUAUGGGGACGAAAGAGGACAGCAACUGGUACUGAGUCCACACAAAGAUACUGGAGACAGCGUUCACUUAAAUAGAAACGAGGAGGGAUUCAUGAUGGAUACUCCAACUCAAAGAAACCCAAAAUUAGCAGUCAAUGCCCUCAUAGUUGACAGAAGAGGUUCAGAAACUGAUAUUUUAGGCAUAAGCAGACUGAGUCCACUGCAGAGGACUGCCAUCCAGUCCAGACCGAGUCCUGAAUCUGAGAGCGUCAAACCAAAUCUACAACCUGAGAGUAUUUCCCAAUAUAGAGAAACCCCACUGCAAGAUGAAUUACCAAAGACUACUCCUGUGCCUCAGCUGGAUACGGAUCUACAAACAAGGGACAGUCCGGACUCUGAGUUGCUCUAUAUGUCCAGAAACAGCCCUUACUUGGACUACAAGCAAGGGGAUAUACAGAUCACUCCCAAAACACAAGUGCGCAGAGGUUCAAAUGAAGAUGCAAGGAGGAGGGACAGUGAGGAUAGAAGCAUGCAACCGGGAAUGUCUCCCAAACGAAAGGAGGAUGUGUCGAAUAAAGACCGACUCAACAGCCCUCAGUCAAACAAACGUGGGGUGACAAAUCAAGAAAGCACCGCAGAGAGAAUAAAGCAGCUCAGAUUGUUCUGGGAGCAGGAGAGGAACAAGCCCAUGUUUUACACCGGAAAGCCCAGAACCCUUGGGGAUGGCAAAGUCGCUCGUGGUGCCAAUCAGGCAAAGCUGAAUAAAAGAUUCACAAAGUCAGAGUACGACCUGACGUCAAUUGGAAAUAUUUCAGGCAGCGAUGAAGAAGACUAUGAUAGAAAUUUUAAUGUUCUUCCUUUGAACCAGAGAAUAGAGAAGUCGUCCCCUAGCCUGGGUGCGAGUCGAGCACAAUUCAACACUCUGCGUGAGUUCUGGGACGAGGCCACGUCAGAUACCAAGGGAUCGUUUACCACUGACAAGCCCAAAAGCCCCAAAAGGAAAGAGCCAAUAAGUGCCCAGCUUUCGUCUCAGGAGUUAAAGUGUGGGGAUGCUGAGAUUUUCCGUGAGAAAACAAGACAAGCAGCAAAGUCAUCCCCUCAGAAUCGAUCCAAAUCACCCCAUGAUAGACAGUCUGGGUCAAGAGUAGCAAAUGACAGCAAAAACAACCAGUCAAAUUAUGCGACAGCUGAGCAGCAGCGAGAGUCCAGGAGGAGUUUGAAAGACUCCACAAAACCUCAAAGCAGUUCAGGAAAAGAAACUCGAGCUCCGAAGGGUAAAAAAGACAGCUUUAGCUAUUCAAGUAGUCGCGGACAUUCGCUCCGUCGAGCCACUAGCAUGUUCGCUCUGAGUGAGCCUGAAGAAAGAGAUCUGAGCCCAUUUAAAGUAGAUGUAAGCCCUGUCCACUCGCAGAGUAGAAAGCAGAGGCCGAACGCCGAAAAAGGCACCACGUCGAGAAGAUCAUCCGAGGAAAAUGAGCCUCUGACUCCUCGAGCUAGGUCGUGUGUUCCCAGAGACUACCGACAUUACCUGGGUAUGACAGAUGCGACCAGCGUCCACACCUCCCUCGCUCCGGCUCUGAAGGACGAGGAGUCAGACGGCAAGUCUGGGUACGAGUUUGACCUGGGCGGGCCGGUGAGGGCCAGCACUCCUGUGAGCUCAGAGGAUCGUUACGGCAGGAAGGGGAACAAGACGAAUCAGCGCCCCCUGUGGACAAACUACAGCAGCUCGGACACAGGUCUGGAGUCAUCUGUGAGCAGCACAUCGGAAACCUGGUCGACCUCGAGGACCAGUUCAAACCGUGAGAACAUUGAUGAGGCUCAGAACCCUGUGAGGAAAGCACUGAGGCGAGCAGAAGCACGGCCUAAAAACCUGGCGAAAAGUAUGGAGGACAUCACAGCUUCCUUGUCACCACGACAAGAAAGAAGACAAGACCCGACUGCUGACAUGAGAAGAAUCAGUGCUGUUUCAACCAUCCCGUCGCCUUCCUCGUCCUUGUUUUCGGACCCGGACCACCUGAAGAAGAUGAGCAAAUCGGUGCCGUCGUUCUUACAGAAGGAGGAAGUUGACAGAGACACUGACUCCACCUGCGAGGACAGUUACCACCAAGGAAGACUAAUGAUGGGCAGCUCUAUGACUAACCUCACCAGCUCCUCUGGCAUGGCGUCUCUGUCCUCUCUGAGUGGGAGCGUGAUGACCAUGUACAGCGGAGACUUUGGGAACGUUGAGGUUCAGGGAAACAUCCAGUUCUCCAUCAACUACAUUCAGAAGCUCAGAGAGUUUCACAUCUUCGUGGCCGAGUGUCGAGACUUGGCCACAGUUGACCCAAAGAGGGGCCGCUCAGAUCCGUAUGUCAAAAGCUACCUGGUUCCUGACAAAGCUAAUCUUGGAAAGAGGAAAACAUCCGUCAAAAAGAAGACGCUGAAUCCAACUUUCAACGAGAUCCUCAGAUAUCGUGUUCGCAUGGAGUACCUCAGAACCCAGACGCUCAUUCUCUCCGUUUGGCAUCACGACACCUUUGGCAAGAACAGUUUCCUGGGCGAGGUCGACGUGGACCUCUCCAAAUGGGACUUUGACCACACCCAGAUGAACUACUUAGCCCUGAAAGCACGGACAACACCCACUCUAGCACCGUCCAACGAUCGAGGAGAGAUGAGAGUAGCGGUGCGCUUCAUGCCACAGAUCAUCCACAGUGAGGGAUUAGCUAAGGAGGGUCCCAACACUGGAGAGAUUCACAUUUGGGUGAAGGAAUGCAAGAACCUGCCUCUAAUCAGGGCCACCAUCGACCCAUAUGUGAAGUGCUUCGUGCUGCCAGACACGAGCAGGAAGAGUCGCCAGAAGACACGUGUCCUGCGGAGGACAGCCGACCCGGCGUUUAACCACACAAUGGUGUAUGAUGGCAUCAGAGAGGCUGACCUAUCAGAAGCCUGCGUGGAGCUCACCGUCUGGGACCGAGACAGACUCGCCAGUAACCUGCUGGGAGGCCUGAGGCUCGGACCUGGCACAGGCAGAAGUUACGGAUCCGUGGUGGACUGGAUGGACUCAACUCCCUACGAGGCGGCCCUCUGGGAGCGCAUGAGGACCACCCCGAAUGAGUGGGUGGAGGACGUCCUCCCAUUAAGAGUGCUGAACUCUGCCAAAACUGCUUUCAAAUAAGUAAAAGUGCUACAGAGGGCCAUACUGCAAAGACGUGUAUUUUUGAGAGUGGGAUAACGUGGAGGCACGUCUGUGGUGCUCAGCACAGCGUCGGUGUCCAGCGUUCCCACGUGGAUGGCAGAAGAAGUGACGGUCGUGCUGUCAGACACAGACUGGGCCUCUCUCUUUGACAUUCGACGGGAAGAGC